UGACAUCCGCCCUUGAAGAGGAUGGUUUGAAGGUGGGUGAACAACGCGCUCUGACUUGGCUCGCUUUCAGACCGUGGAAAAUGGCAGCAGCGCUGGGUGCCGGAAGCAGUUCUGCUGGGCCACCUGGGCUCCCCAAUUCCGUGCCAGGGCAUGCCGCCCUGCCCGCAGUGGCUGUAUGGGAAUGGCAGGACGAGUUCGGCAGGUGGAGGCCAUACAGAGGGAGCGUAUGCAGCUUUAUCGAACAGGCUCUCCAGACCCCUGCGCAGAAGGGGAGACGAUCGGGAACCGGGCUGGCCAGCAGCAGUAUCCCGUUAGGGCAGGCAGAUGCCACGCUCGCCCCUUAUGUCAUCGACAUACCAAGCCUGAUGCAGUUCCGACAGGACACAGGAACCAUGCGAUCCGUCCGCAGACACCUCUUCGCUCAAGACUCCGCGGCCGGGCAGGGCAUCGUGUGGGAGUGGCAGAAUGACGAAGGCGGGUGGUCUCCGUAUGAGAUGAAGGUCUGUGUGUUCCUGGAGCAAGCCUUCACGCAUGGCCUUCGGCAUGUAGACCUGAGCUCCUUGGGCUACAACUAUGACAUUGAUUUUGUAUCGCUGGUCCAGACCAACAAGACCUCCAGGUUCCAACGAGGUAUUCAGAGGCGCAUGGACACCCCGUAUCCGGUGACCACUGCCACGGGGCCCCUUCACACGGCAGUGGCUUGUUCUUGUCAACAGUGCUUAUUGAAUAGUGGAACUGGCCCCAUCACCACGCGCUAUCGGCACUCCAUGAUAAACCUCCCCAGUUCAUCGGCCGUGCCACAGGUUUCCAGUCGAACAGCUGCACUAAGCUCUUCUGGUCUCGGCUUUGUGCCCUAUAACAAACCAACCUUGUCUGGAGCCAGGUCAGCGCCGAGACUCAAUACACAGAGUGCAUGGGCGCUGCCUCAGCCUGUGGGAGCCGGAGCCCCGAGCCCAGGACUGUCGGCAUCGAACGGAGUCAGUGUCCCAAAUCUGCCGGUCGAGAUGCCCAAGCCCAGUAAAGUGAACCAAGCUUUGGCAGGCAUGACGGCUAUGCUGAUGUCAGCCACUGGACUUCCUGUGCGUCUGACCUGUGCGCCGCAACCUGCCAGCACCCGUAGAGCCACUAAAAAAAACAGCUCAGUUAAGGAAGGGAGGAAAGUGUCCAAGAAAGUGACCCCCAGCGAGCCUGAGCAGGUGGUGAGGAAAUACUUGGAAGAGCUGAGAGGAGCCCCCGCUGAUGAGGACUGUAUCAUCUGUAUGGAAAAGCUGGCGUCGCCCUCUGGCUACAGCGAUGCCUGUGAGUGCAAGACAAUCAAGCCGGAAGCGGUGGGGCAACUGACCAAAUGCCAGCACGCUUUCCACCUGCUCUGUGUGCUGGCCAUGUACGCCAACGGGAACAAGGAUGGCAGUCUGCAGUGCCCCUCCUGUAAAACCAUCUAUGGCGAAAAGACCGGCACUCAGCCGAAAGGGAAGAUGGAGGUUUCAACUUUCACUCAGUCCCUUCCCGGCCACCAGGACUGUGGGACGAUACAGAUCGUGUACUCCAUUAGCAGGGGAAUUCAGGGGCCGGAGCACCCCAACCCAGGGAUGCCAUACACUGCCAGAGGCUUUCCCCGGUACUGUUACCUUCCCGAUAACGAGAAGGGCAGAAAGGUCCUGGAUCUAUUGAGGGUGGCCUGGAAGAGGCGGCUGAUUUUCACCGUGGGCACUUCCAGCACGACCGGCGAGAGCAACACGGUGGUGUGGAACGAGAUCCACCACAAGACGGAGAUGGACACCAACCUCAGCGGCCACGGCUACCCCGACCCCAACUACCUGGACAACGUGCUGGCGGAGCUGGCGGCUCAGGGCGUCACCGAGGCCUGCUUGAGACAGUAACUCGCCUCGGUCCCGGCUCCGCGUUCCGGCUGUGCAAUGCACGGCGAAUGCCCACUCAGGCCUCUGGCGGGCGGCUAGUGCACUUAUUCCUGUUGCCUUAAGUUCCUGUCUCUAAUCACUUGUCGUGUUCUGAGCAAUAACAUUGGAUUUGGGGGUCACGUGCUCUGUACAGUCUGUUUUCUGGAGAGCAGGUUAUUUUUGUAUAAGCAAAGGGUCCUGAUGCUGGGGUCUCGGGCGUGACGCCGGAGCGCUCCUGCUGCAGCCAGGGCAUGCUCGGGAUGUGUUCCCUAGGUGGCUGAUCAACUCGCUUUCGAAGCACUGGGGCAGUCCCAGUCCUGCUCCCUCGCUGCGUAGAGGGACGGCUUGCUGGCUCUGGAUCAGCAACGAGUGGCCAGAAAUGUCUGUCCUCCUCUGGCUAAUCCACCGAGGCUCUGCUCAGACACUUCCGAGUGCGUCCUUUCUCCCCCACGUCCCCGGGUAGCUGAUUUAAUACAUGUGCUGUGCUCCUAAUAA